AUGCUUGCCUCACGAAAUGGGGUUUAUAGGUGUUUAAUGGGUGAGUUUGAACAAAGCCGUCAGCGAGAAAGAAGAGAGAAGGGAGGAAGAGAAAAGCUCGUGGAGGAAAGGAGAAAAAGGAGAGAGAAAGCUGAGGAGAGAAGAAGGAAACCAGAAGUGAGAGAGAAGAAGAACCGUGAGAGAAGGAGAAGAAUAGAGAGUUUUACCGUGAGCCAUGACGGAGCCAAUGUCGGAGACCACCGAUCAUCACCGCCGGCCACCACCUUCACCACCAUGGUCCGAGCACCACCGGAGGUCACAGCCAUCAUCGUCGGAGCUUCCGAUCUGCCGCCGCAAGCUCAAGCCGUGAGGAUUGAGAGUGCACCUCUGUUUCUUGCGCAGCAAGCAACCCAUCUCCACAUGUCACGUCCUCAUGUUCCUUUCCGAUCAGCUUUUAGGCCAAGGUGA